GCUGCUUUGACGAACGGCUUAUGCGCAUUUUGUACGUUUUCCGCAUGCGCACAGUUGAGGUCUCAUACUGAAUGCGUUUGUUGUUGUGAUUAUAGGCUAAAGCGUCCCGGUGUAGUGUAGUAGUAGUAGUAGUAGUAGUAGUAGUCUCAUACUAAAUACUAAUAUUUUCGAUGUAGUCUUUGUUAGCCGCCAUUAAGGCAUUUGACAAUUGACGUCUGUCGGAGAUGUGUCCGUGAGUCUUUUGUGUGAGGCUUGUCCCGUUUCUAUCCGGUUAAGGCUAUAACAUCAGCUCGCUUCUUAUCGUUGUGCUUAGCCGUUCACCAGUCAUCGGUGUACAGUAAAGAUCUUUCUCACGUCCUGCCUGGCUGCUUGAUUAGGUGCUAACCUUUGCGCCGACGGUGAAAACGACACAGUCGCCGUUCCAGUGGAAUAGUGAAGAAGGUUUGCAAACGUAGUGUUGCAGGCCGAUUAUUGACUAUUGUGUGUGGACUGUACUGAUUUGUUUGAGCAACCAACGCUUGUAAUAUGGAAAUGUUCAAUAUAGAAGAAAUAGACAUUGAUGACCAGUCUGUAGUAACAAUUCAUUUCGAUGAUGAUGCUAAUGUCGAAAUGAACAAAUCAUAUUUAAUCGAAAAUAGUGCAUAUUUUCAAGCUAUGUUCAGUGGACGUUAUAUAGAAUCUCAAAUAGGACAUAGAAUACAUAUAAAGGAUAUAAGUCAUGUUGGUUUUAUGAAGGUCAUUAGCAGUUUAGAAAAUAAUCAAGUUAUUUUUAAUGGUUUAGAAGAUUUACUUCUUAUACUGGAAGUAUCACAACUUCUUCAGUUUUCUUAUAUAAUUUUUCAGUCUAUUAAAGUUAUCAAAGAAAAAUAUUUAUUUACAAUUAAUGCAGUAAAUAUAUUUCCAGUAGCUUCUAAGCUUGGAUUGAAGAAUUUAUUCGAUAAAGCACAUGCUUAUAUUUCGUACAACUUUACAACAAUAUUGAGAAAGAAUAAAGUUGGUUUCUUGAAACUAAAUGAACAAGAUUUACAAUUAUUGUUGAAAAACAUUAAUUUAAAUGUUGAAAAUGAAAAAGAAGUGUUUGAUUUGAUUAUGGAUUGGUGUUCAACGAACAAGAAUUACAAUUUUGAGUAUGAAUUAGCCGUUAAUUGUGUGUAUUUUAAUCGUAUGACUCAAGAACAUUUGAAACAUUGUAUUUCAAAAACUGAAAAUAUAGAUUUACAAAAUGUCAUCAAGCCGUUUAUAUAUUUUCCUAAAAAUAAUCAAGACAUAGUAAGUUUAAUUAAUCCGAUUAGAUGUAUUCCUUAUGUUUUGUGUGCUGUCAAAAAUGAAGAUGACGGCCAUGCUUUUAUGUACCGCUGGGAUUGGGGUAUUAGGCAGUUUGUAAAGUUUCUAAGAUUAGAUCCAUUGCCUCUUGAUACAAUUGGAUAUCAAGUAGUUAUCAAAGAUUUGGAUGUUUAUGUGUUGUCUGGUGAAAUUGCAUAUGGAAGAGGAAUGUGGAAUGUGGAUACGUGGAAGUAUAAUUUACUGACAGAACAGUGGAAAAGAUUACCAGAUUGUAAACCACUUCCUAGACGCCACGGAGUUGGAUAUUUUUGUGGCGAUAAUUUGAUUUUACUUGGAGGUGUUACCAAACACAGAUUGAUAAAUCAAGUUAUCGAACAUUAUGCCUAUGUAAAAGAGAGUGAUUCACUUGUUUUAGUUACCCAGAAACCAUUCCCAUGUUAUGCUCAUCAAAGAGAAUCGUUUGUUACUUUGGAGUAUAAGGGUAACUUGGCAUUGAUAACUAAAAACAAUAAUCCACAAUGGUUUUACCUAACUCUUGAUCCAUAUGACAAAAACGUUCAAAAUUGGAGUGGUCAUAGAAUUAAUUUAUUUGAAGUGGUUAUUUGUGGAAGCACUUAUAAUGACACUGUUUACAUUCUUGCUUAUGACAAAGAUCGGAUUAUUAGUUUACACAGUUAUUGUCCAAUGAAUAAGUUCUGCCAGAAGUUGAAAUCUUUUACUAUAAAAUAUGAUGAAAGUACUACUAUGUGUUCUAUUAAUGUUGAUAAAGUUAUGGUGUUUAAAAAUGAUACUCUUGAAUAUUAUUCGCUUAAUAAUGACUUCUUUAUAGAAUAUAAAAUUCAAUUGAAUUCCUUCCACUCUGACUAUUUAUUAAGUGUUCCUAUGUACUUAAAAACGACAUAUUAAAUUAAUUUAGUUAAAUAUUAUAAUUUAUAAUACUUAAUAUAUCUGUUGUGUACAAUUUAGAUGUAUGGAACUUUGUGAUGAUACAAACUACAAAGUUAAAAUUUAUAUGUUUUACUAUUUAAUAUGAUUUAUUUUCUUUAUUAAUUAUUAUCGUAUGAAUUAUAUUUUAUUUUCCAUUAAUUGUAUUUAUUUAUUUUAUAUUUUAUUAAACUUGAGUUAUAUUAUUGCAACAUUUAAUAUUUUCUUCAUGUAUUCAAAUAUAAUUUUUUUUUUCAACUUUUCUGUGAAUGAAUUAUGAAUCUAUAGUUCUAUAUAAUAUUUUUAUGAUCUUUGAUUUUUUUAUUAUUUGUUAUACAAUGUAUCAUGUUAUAUUUUAGAAUUUGUCAUUUUACAUUUCAUCAAACAUUUUUAAAAUAUUAAUUUAUUUACAAAAAAUAAUUUUGUUUGAUAAUAAUAAAAUAUUUAUUUGAUUAAGAAAAGUAUGUACACUCGACAGGCACGGCACUAGAAUUUUUUUCCAGGGGAGGCAGAGUGGGGCAAAUAUUUUUUUUACGUGGGCUAAAAUUUUUCAACAAAUACUGAGGUUAUUUUAAUGAAAUAUAAAUAUUUUCGUAUCAUAUAACAACAUAAUACAAUGAUUUGGGAUACGUUUAUUUGUUCAUUUUCAUCUAGUAAUUAGUACUCAAUAAAGGUAAUAAAAAAUAAAUAAAAGAUUUUUUCUUAUUUUACAAAUUUCAAAACACAUUUUAUUGAAAUUGUAGUAAAUUUUUUCCUUAUUAAACAAAUAAUAAAUUUAAUUUAUUCUUCAAUUUGUUUAGUUGUGACAAAUAUAUUAUAUAAGCUAAAUAUUGAUAUUUUACACAAUAUCUAUCGUACAUAUUUUUUAGUGGGGGGGCUGGCGAAGGGGCUGAUCUGUUUUCUGGGGGGCUAGAGCCCCACCUUGCCUCCCCUUGGCGCCGUGCCUGACACUCGGCCAUUCUGUAAUUUAUUGAUUUAAAUAAUUGUUUAAUUUUAAACAAGUUUUUAGCUCAACUGAAUGCGAUGCCCAACUAUAGGUAUACUAAGUAUGAGAGGUUUUUAUUGUCUUGCAUUUUAUAUCAUUCAUAAAUUAUUGUCCAUUUAAUAACUUAUUAUUUUGUUCAAUCACUCAAUGAUCAAUUUUAAAUGUACUAAUAAAUGAAUUAGUCAAUGAAUAUUAGGAAGGCCAAGUAAAAAUUAUUAAAAAUGUUAGUGUAAAGUAUUAAAUGUAAAAUAUAUAGCUGAUGAAUAUAUCUUGUUCUCUAUUGCAGCAAAAACAUAGUUAAAUGCUUAAUGGCAAAAACUUAAAAUUAAUAUUACAAUAUGGAUUAUGAUAAAUUUUAAUUCUUGAAAUCAAGAUGUAUAUGCUAUUAUAAUGUGCUAUGUUUUCUUAUUGUACAUGGUAUGUUCCAUUUUACAUUCUUUAAGUUUAUAUAUUGUAUAUAUCAGGGGUGGCCAGCGAGAAGAGACUUGCGAGCCACCAAAUGUAUUAAUGUAAUAUAUGGAAGAGCCAAAAUGUAAAAAAAAAAAGGUCAUAUUAUUAUAUAAUACAUAAAUUCAUGCUAAAAAAAUUUGUUUGUAAAAAUAUUAUGAUAAGAUGCGAGCCGCUAAAGUGUAUGUGGCCACCCCUGGUAUUUACCAUAUAUCAUAAUAUUUAAUUAUGCAAUGCAAAAAGUAUAUUUUAUUGAUUCUCGACAAUAUACCCAUAAUAAGAAUGUA